CUCCAUCAUCCCCAUUCCCCACAUCAACAAGCCCUCACUUGAAUUGAAGGACCAUCCUGCCUUUAAUUUCUCAUCACCACUUCAGUCAACAAAAGAUGGUGAUGAUGAAAUCUCUCCCACUUCUUCUAAUAGUACUCUUUUCCCACUCUACCACCACCUUAGCCCAGUCCCCGGCCGCGGCACCGACCGCCCCGGCCACGCCCUCCACUGCAGCCGCCCCGGCCCCAGCACCCUCCGCACCCCCGACAGACAUCAUAAGAAUCCUCAAAAAGGCAGGAGGGUUCACAACCCUAAUCCGCCUCCUCCAGGCCACACAAGUCUCCAACCAAAUCAACUCCCAACUCCUCACCACAAGCGGCGGCCUAACCCUAUUUGCACCAAACGACAAUGCCUUCUCCAGCCUCAAACCGGGUUUCCUCAACUCCCUCAACGACCAACAGAAGAACGAGCUCAUCCAGUUCCACUUGCUUCCCACGUACGUUUCCGUCUCUAAUUUCGACACUUUAAGCAACCCUGUGAGAACACAGGCCGGUGAAAACCCUGAUAGGUUGGCGCUGAACAUAACAAGCUCCGGAGGGAACCAAGUGAACAUGACAACGGGCGUCGUUAAUGUUACUUUGGGUGGUACGGUUUACACUGAUCACCAGCUCGCGGUGUAUCAGGUGGACAAGGUGCUUCUUCCUCGGGACUUCUUCGAAGCUAAGCCUCCCGCUCCGGCUCCGGCGCCAGAAAAGGCUAAAGGAUCUAAGAAGAAAUCUGUGGACAGCACUGCUACUCCUGCAGAUGAUGCUGAAUCAGAUGCUGUCAGCGUGAAACAGUGGCAUGUUAUGUGGGUUGCAAGUGUUGUACUUUUAAUGGCAGCAUUUACGUGGUGACAAUGAGGGGUUUGAGAAUGUAAUAUGAAGCAUAUUGAAGGCUUAUCAUAUUGGGUGGAUUGAAAGGUUUUGGUGGAAAUUGUAUUUGAUUUUAUGAAGGCUUUCUUCGUUCUACUAGUUCUCUUCAACCCCCCUAUAAGAAAAACUUCAUAUCUCGUGUAUUACUUAUGAGAAAUUUGUGUAUAACUUGCAAACGAAGAUAUUUGAUCUAAUAGAAAAUGAUACAGAAGUUUUGUUUACCUUUAUUA